AUGGGCUCAGCGAACAAGACGGGUGACUCGACAUUCAUUCUGCUGGGCCUGUCCCAUGACCCAGGGCAGCAGCGGCUCUUCUUUGUGCUCUUCCUAGUUCUGUACCUGGUCACCUUGGGGGGGAACCUGCUCAUCAUCCUGGCCAUCGGCACCAACUCUCACCUCCAUUCCCCCAUGUACUUCUUCCUCGCCAACCUGUCCCUUGUCGACAUCUGUUUCUCCUCCACCACCGUCCCCAAGAUGCUGGUCGACCUGCAGACUGGCAGACCAGCUAUCUCCUACACCAGUUGCCUGACUCAGUUGUACUUCUUAGUGUCCUUAGUAGCCUUGGAUAAUCUCCUCCUGACGGCGAUGGCCUAUGACCGUUACAUGGCAAUCUGUCACCCUCUACGCUACACCACGGUCAUGAGCCCCGGACGUUGUGCCCUGUUGCUGACCAUGUGCUGGACUCUGUCUGUCCUCUACGGCUUGACCCACACGGCCCUCAUGGACACCUUGAGCUUCUGUGCAUCCCGGGGUGUCGGGAACAUCUUCUGCGAAAUGUACGCGCUCCUGCGGCUGUCCUGCUCUGACACCCGCCUCAACCAGGCCAUGCUCCUGGCCACGGGCUCCCUGCUUUUCAUCACUCCCUUCCUGCUCGUGCUGCUCUCCUACACCCACAUCGCCAUGGCCAUCUCCAGGGUCUCCUCAGCCCAAGGCAAGUCCAAAGCCUUCUCCACCUGCGGCUCCCACCUCACCGUGGUCUCCCUCUUUUAUGGGACACUGUUUGGGGUCUAUCUACAACCGCUGUCCAACUACUCCGUCCAGGACACUGUGGCCACAGUGCUGUAUGCGGUGGUGACCCCCCUGCUCAACCCCUUCAUCUACAGCCUGCGGAACCGUGAUCUACACCAGGCACUGCGAAAACUCAUCCUCCGGAGAGCGACCGUCCUGCAGUGA